AUGGUCUUGUCAACAUCUCAACAAGUCGCCCUGGCGUUCACGGCGGUGCUGUUUACGUUUGUCGUCCUCCCGAAGAUGUUCGGCGUUGGCACCGGGGCCAAGCCGAAGGAGUCGAGGCUCGACCCUCGGUAUUCUAGAAAAGUUGGCUCAGGCGUACUUAGAGGUCCGGCGGUGAGCGUGGGCGCCCCGAGCUCACAUCAGUCGGCCGAAAGCAUGCAGCAGAUGAAGAAGCUGAUGGAGCAGGAGAUGAAGGGCGACAAAUUCAAAUCCAACAAUAAUAGCAAGGGUUACGUGUUCACGCUCAUGCCCUUAUAUGCCGUCGGAGUCGGAGUGUUUGCCGCAUACAAGUUUUUGAAGAUCAAGUCUUCCGAUGACGAGGCACAAAAGGACAAAUUUGCCAAAGGGGCCAAAAAAUCUGCUGAGGCAGAGAACCAGUUAAACGAACUGGAACAAAGGCUUGCGCAAACAGAGAGGAUGCUCAAUUCAAUUCUCACGCAAUUAGACCCACUCACAAACUGUGCAAAAUCCGUAGCCCAGGAGCAGAAGAACGAGAUCAUGACUCAACUCCAGACCAUCCGUUAUCUCAUGAAAAAGAGAGGAAUGGACUGCCCGCCUCUCAAUGAAGCUUGCUUCGAGCAGAGUCUGGACCACCUCAUCGAAACACUGGGAGCCAGCGAGACUUCGUCGGCGGACGUGGAUAAAAGCGACGAAACGCCACAAACCGAAACGGAAGGCGAGGAAGUGAAGGAAACUCCGCCGGAUAGAUCGGAAGAGGAAACAGUGGAGGAGGAUGGAGACCAAGUGGAGGAAACUGAGGUUGGAAAAGAGGAAGGAUAUGAAGAGUUUGAUUUCAUGCCUUCACUUGAGGACACAAGCAGUGAGGAGAGCGGCAAAGCUCAGCAGUCGUGCGGCCUCAGGCGGCGCAAUGUUCCUGAAUGA